UCGGUUUUUUUGUGUCGAACAAGGUUUUGAAUGAUGGCAGAUGAAAACUUUAAUGCUGAAAUCCUAUCAAAGCAAAUGGAGCUUCGGAGCUGUAGAUGGCAAUGAAGAGGCCUCUGAUGUUUCUUCUUCAGUACAAAAAGAUGGAGAUGUGCAAAAGGAUGAAGAUGAGGGAAAAGAAGUUUCAUCAAAGAAGAAAAAGAAGAAAAACAAAAGCAAGAAAAAGAAGGAAGUGCCUUUGCAAACUGAUCCACCUUCUAUGCCUGUAAUUGACCUUUUCCCAUCAGGGGAAUUUCCUGAGGGUGAAAUUCAACAGUACAAGGACGAUAAUAUAUGGAGGACUACAUCUGAAGAGAAGCGAGAAUUAGAGCGCCUUGAAAAACCAAAGUACAAUUCAGUUCGUCAAGCGGCAGAAGUUCAUCGCCAGGUACGAAAAUAUAUGAAGAGCAUUGUGAAGCCAGGAAUGUUAAUGACUGACCUCUGUGAGACAUUGGAGAACACAGUCCGUAAAUUAAUAUCAGAAGAUGGUCUGCAUGCUGGCAUAGCUUUUCCUACUGGAUGCUCUCUGAACUGGGUUGCUGCUCAUUGGACACCGAAUUCAGGAGAUAAGACUGUGCUUCAGUAUGAUGAUGUGAUGAAGUUGGAUUUUGGGACUCAUAUUGAUGGAUAUAUAGUUGACUGUGCCUUUACAGUGGCAUUCAAUCCGAUGUUUGAUCCACUGCUUCAAGCCUCACGUGAUGCAACAAAUACGGGUAUCAAGGAAGCUGGGAUCGAUGUCCGACUUUGUGAUAUUGGUGCCGCAAUCCAAGAGGUGAUGGAAUCAUAUGAGGUUGAAAUUAAUGGAAAGAUGUUUCAAGUUAAAAGUAUCCGAAACUUGAAUGGGCACAGUAUUGGGCAAUAUCAGAUCCAUGCUGGAAAGUCUGUCCCCAUUGUAAAAGGAGGGGAGCAGACAAAGAUGGAAGAGGGUGAAUUUUAUGCAAUUGAAACUUUUGCAUCUACAGGGAAAGGAUAUGUCAGAGAAGAUCUAGAGUGCAGCCAUUACAUGAAAAAUUUUGAUGUUGGUCACAUCCCGCUGAGGUUGCCCAGAGCAAAGCAACUGCUAGCAACAAUCAACAAGAACUUCUCUACAUUAGCUUUCUGCAGACGGUAUUUGGAUCGCCUGGGAGAGACCAAGUAUCUUAUGGCACUGAAGAAUUUGUGUGAUUCUGGCAUUGUUCAGCCGUAUCCUCCUCUGUGCGAUGUUAAGGGGAGCUAUGUUUCCCAGUUUGAGCAUACCAUCUUACUACGGCCAACUUGCAAAGAGGUGAUAUCCAGAGGUGAUGACUACUGAAAUGAAAGGGGUUAAAAUUUUGUCAGUAACUACAUGCAUGAUAGCUGUGUACCAUUACCUUUUAGACUGUAAAUUUUCAGUUCAGUUUCUGAGUUUAAUUUGUUAUGAUGUUAGCUUUUGAACUUUGUUUUCCGAUAAAUUAAUGCGCUAGUGCUGGAUAAUAGUGAAGAACAGUAUCUAUAAUGUUAUGGUACCUUGUUGUGAGUGUGUUGGUCAGCAGAGACACAGGAUAUAUGGGAAUGUUUGAAGUGUUGUUGGGAGCACAAUGGCACUACUAAAAUAAGGAUCAGCUACGAGUAUUGGUGUUUUAUAGAAUGAUUUACUUUGUUAAUUUUAAAAUGUUUAUUCUUCAA